AUGGAAGAUUGCCUGCAAACCUUCAGGGCUGACGGAACCAAGAUCAAGAAUGGCGAAAAAGUGCCAUCAGGCAGACGGAAGUGUAAUUGUGACACUGCUGCAGUGCUAAACUUUCGCAUGAUCCUUAAUGCCCUGUUUACAAGCAAUCGCCCUCCCUGUUUUUUGCGCAAAAAUGCAUCGUCAGAGUCGGCUGAACCUGAGUCUACAGUGACACCUGGGACCUUGCCCAAGCCAAAGUUCAAGACCAAGCGUGUGCGCAAAAAUCCAUCUGUUCCUGCUUCUUCUCUUCAAAAGAAGCAGGGAACUGGAUAA